AUGGGUGUGGGUGUAUCCUGUACCGUUGAUGAGAUUUUUGAGAUUCGUGCUGCUGUUGGUUGGCUCACCAUUUUCCUUUUCACCUCACAUUUUAUCCGUCACAUCUAUCUGCUUUUCUCCUCACUUUACUCCGUGCGACCCGGCGACAGUUUCCCCUAUCCAAGACGGAGAACCACUUUCCCCUUCUCACCUCAACCUCUGCUCCCCAAGCCAUGGGACGGCCGUGGGACGGGUGAAGCUGCAACUCCGACGGCCGCGGACGUUCAGGUCGGGCUCAAGGGCUUGACGAGGAUGCUGGCGCGCGAGGUCCACAACCUCACCGAGGUCUUCUCCAAGAAGCUCACCGGCAAGCUGCGCUCCCUCGCCGGCCUCGCCUCGCUCCAUGUCAUCCUCGUCAGCAAGAAAAUCUUCACCUCCAUCGCCGACGGUUUCUUCAAGGGGCCGACCGCGCUCACUGCCGUCAACCUCGACGAAAACCCGCUCGAGCCAUGGAUGAUACCCUCCGACCUCGUCGACCGCGAGUCCCUCCUCAACUUCUCCAUCAACAGCGUCAACCUCACAUGCGCGCUCCCGGAGUUCAUCGGCAAUGGAUCUUUACUGGUACACGAUGGGUCUCCGGCUGGAGCGGCGCAGCGCCCUAUAUGGCGUGCUGCUGGAGGCGGAGCAAGCGCGACCGUGGCCAAGACAAGAGCGCUGCUGAACGCGCCGGAGAUGGACCUUUUGAGCAGCGCAUGAGGCUGCGGAGACGGGAGCGGCGGCGUGGUGAUGGGGGUGAGGAGCACGAAGUGAUGAGAGUGGAGCUUCUCAACCACGUGGCCUGGACGAUCAAGCGGAGCGGGAGGCGCGAGUU